UUGUAUAUAUAUAGAGAGAAAUAUCCACAACUAGUUAACCUAAUUAUAAGUUCUUUGAAAACAAAUGUUGAAACUAGCUCAAUUAUCUCAAUCUAGGGUUUGCAACACAACCCUAGUUCCAUGGAACACUUACCUCUCCGGCAGUAGUGGUGUUGUUCCCGGAGCUUUGACGGUUCUUCCGGUGAAGCCCAAGUUUUCUGGCCGGAGAAAACACAUGAAGGAUGUCGGUGGCCUCCGUGUGAAGGCGGUGACCGUACCUGAUACUAGUAGUAGUACUAGUGCCGACGGGGUGACGACAAACAUACCCGCCAAAGCAACUGUAUCCGUACAAGUGACGGGUGGGAUCUUGCAUAAUAUAAACAUUAAUCAUGGUUUCGAUGACAUCGCAGAUUUGCUCGGGAAAUCUCUUCUUCUAGAGAUUGUCAGCUCAGAGCUUGACUCCAAGACGGGAUUGGAGAAGGAGACAAUAAAAGGUUACGCACAUAAGAAGGAGACUAAGGAUAAUGUAGUAAAAUAUGAAUGGGAUUUUGUUAUCCCAAAAUACUUCGGGGAGAUUGGCGCAAUCUUGGUCGAGAACGAGCAUCACUCCGAGAUGUUUAUCAAGAACAUUGUAAUUGACCGACUCCACCAUAGCUCCGUAGACAUCUCUUGUGAAUCGUUUGUAGCAUCCAAGUUCAAAAACCCCGAGGAGAGAAUCUUCUUCACCAACAAGGCAUAUUUGCCAUCAAAGACUCCUGAAGGGCUGAGAAGGCGGAGAGUAGAGGAGCUCGAGAAAAAACGUGGAGAUGGAACCGGCCAGCGCAAGACCGACGACCGAAUAUACGAUUACGAUGUUUAUAACGAUCUUGGAAACCCCGAGAAAGAUCGUAAUCAGAAAAGGCCUGUCCUUGGAGGGAAGGCCAAUCCUUACCCUAGACGUGGACGAACCGGUCGUCGUGCAUGCAAGAAUGACCCUGAAUCCGAGUCGAUCAGCAGCACAGUGUAUGUGCCUAGAGACGAGGCGUUCUCGGAGGUGAAGGGGCUGUCUUUUUCGGCGAAGACGGUAUCCUCGGUUUUGCAUGCAGUUUUGCCGUCUCUUGAGACGUCCAUGAUCGACAGCAAACUAGGGUUUCCUUACUUCACAGCCAUUGACACCCUCUUCAAUGAAGGCGUUCACGUUCCUGAUCUCAAGAGCAGCGGUAAUUGGAUCAAAGACACCAUCCCUAGGCUCGUCAAGUUUGCAUCGUCCAUUGGAGACAAUGUCCUACUCUUCGAGACACCUGAAAUAUACCAAAGAGAUCGAUUUGCAUGGUUUAGGGACGAGGAAUUCUCUAGACAGACCGUUGCAGGCAUCAAUCCAUUGACGAUAGAGUUGAUCAAGGAAUGGCCGAUGAAGAGUAAACUGGAUCCCAAGGUCUAUGGUCCGGCUGAAUCCGCCAUCACGAAAGAAGUUAUAGAGAAAGAGAUCAGAGGGUUCACGACCGUGGAAGAGGCGAUAAAGCAGAAGAAACUGUUUGUAUUGGACUACCACGACCUCUUGUUGCCAUACGUUAAUAAGGUGAGAGAGAUCGAUGGAAUGACGCUCUACGGCUCAAGAACUGUCUUCUUCCUCAUGCCAGAAGGUGUCCUCAGGCCUUUAGCAAUCGAGCUGGUGGUCCCUCCUUCCGACAAUGGGAAGACACCACAGUGGAAGGAAGUCUACACACCCCAUAGAGGGGACUCAACCGCAUGCUGGCUAUGGCGACUCGCCAAAGCUCACGUAGUGGCACAUGACAGCGGCGUUCACCAGCUAGUCAGCCACUGGUUGAGGACUCAUUGCUGCGUUGAGCCUUAUAUAAUUGCCACUCAUAGACAACUAAGCGCUGCUCAUCCCAUCUACAAGCUGCUGCAUCCUCAUUUCCGUUACACAAUGGAGAUCAAUGCUCUGGCUCGACAAGCCCUCAUCAAUUCAGAUGGGAUCAUCGAAUCUUCAUUCUCUCCAGGGAAGUAUUCGAUCGAACUCAGCUCAGUCGCUUACGACAAGCUGUGGCGGUUCGACCAUGAAGCUCUGCCUGCAAACUUGAUCAGCAGGGGAUUGGCGGUUGAGGACCCGAGCGCUCCACACGGACUCAAGUUGGCUAUUGAAGAUUACCCAUAUGCAAACGAUGGGCUUCUCAUUUGGGAUUCAAUCAAGCAGUGGGUGACAGACUAUGUGAGCUUCUACUACCCUGAAACCGAACUAGUCAAAGACGACACAGAGCUGCAGUCAUGGUGGACCGAGAUAAAAACGGUGGGGCACGGUGAUAAGAAAGAUGAGAAGUGGUGGCCGGAGCUUAACACCCCAGAUGAUCUGAUUGGGAUUCUCACAACGAUGAUAUGGGUUCCCUCCGGUCACCAUGCUGCUGUUAACUUUGGGCAAUACCCGUAUGGGGGUUACUUUCCGAACCGGCCAACGGUAGCAAGAACAAAAAUGCCAACGGAAAUUAAAGACACGGAAUACUGGAAAAACUUCAUUGAGAGGCCGGAAAGUACCCUUUUGCAGUGCUUUCCGUCGCAAAUCCAGGCUACGAAGAUUAUGGCGAUCUUAGAUGUUCUGUCAACCCACUGUGUGGACGAGGAGUAUAUUGGGGAGAAGAUUGAGCCGUCGUGGGCGGAGGAAGGGGUUAUAAAUGCCGCAUUUGAGCGUUUUUAUGGAAGGUUGAAGGAGAUUGAGGGGAUUAUUGAUGGUAGGAAUGUUGAUUUGAGGCUCAAGCAUAGAAGUGGGGCUGGAGUGUUACCUUAUGAGUUGUUGAAACCAUUUUCUGAGGCUGGUGUCACUGGAAAGGGAGUCCCUAACAGCAUCUCCAUAUGAUGAUGGAUCAAUUCACGAAUCUCUCUCUCUUUCUCUAUUAUGUUCUUCAAUCCUCUCCAUGAAUAAUAAGAAAAAUGAACUAUCAUGGUACCUUAUAAUUUUUAUCUAUAAAUGAGAAAUUUAAUUUAAAUAUCA